GAAAUUUUAAUAAUUUUUAAUUUAAUAAAAUAAUGAACAUAGUGUUAUCAAAGCUUGACCCAUUAAUCACAAAAUUCGGACUUGAUAAUACAGAUUAGAUGGAAAUACUCAAAGGACCAUGCAGCAAAAUCGGAGUUCGACCUGCUCAUGUGGUUUUCAUCGCUGGUUCUGUUGCUCUCUUUAGCAUUUUGUUUGGAAUUGCAGCACGUUUUCUCUCAACAUUCAUUUCCAUCAUCUAUCCAGCCUAUAGAAGCAUUCAAGCCAUUGAGUCUUCAGGUAUGUUAUUCUCCAUUAUGUAGGUGAAAAUGAUGACAAGCAAUGGUUAACCUAUUGGAUUCUAUUUUCAAUCAUCACUUUGGCAGAUGCAUCAAUUGGAUUUGCAUUGGAGUUCAUACCCUUUUACCACAUCUUGAAGUUAGCACUCUUUGUUGCUUUAUUCCACCCAUAAGUUAAAGGAGCUGAGAAAUUGUAUGAUUAGGUACUGUGACGUAGUUUAUUCAUUCUAGUUUGUUCAUCCCCUUUAUUUGAAACAUCAUGAAAAAAUUGACAAAGGUUUCUAGAAGGUCCAAGAGAAAGUAAAGUAACAAGUCAAUGAUAAGUUUUAAAAUUGAUAUUGUAUGACCACGUAUAUAAAAAUU